GUUCGCCUGCAUCUUUCGAUGCGUGACGGCGAAUAAAUAAAAGCGCGUGGGCGUGGGCGUGGACACUUGACUUCAGCAUUCAAACGAGGCAGAAGUGGAGAACAGCAUCUCGUUUUGCAAGAAUAAAGCAGCUCGCUCUGCUCCUGAAAUAAAAAUACCUCUCAUUAGUGUUAUGGCAAGGGGAGAGGGAGCCGAACAGUUCUCAUCCGGUUUGUUACCUACAGCCAAAACUGUCAAUCAAGAUGGAAUUAAAAUGCCUAAGCUCUCACCACAGCAGGAGAGAAAAAGAGCUCUGACUGUGUGGAGUAAGGUGUGUUUUGCAAUCGGAGGGGCUCCGUAUCAGAUCACAGGCAGCGCCCUGGGCUUCUUUCUACAAAUCUUCUUGCUUGAUGUGGCACUGUUAGAUCCCCUCAAUGCUUCUGUGAUUCUGUUUGUGGGUCGGGCCUGGGAUGCUGUGACUGAUCCUACAGUUGGGUUUUUAGUAAGCAGAACCCCAUGGACACGGCACGGACGCAUGAUGCCCUGGAUUCUGAUGUCCACCACACCAGCUGUGUUGUGUUAUUCCCUGAUAUGGGUGGUUCCGCCUAUAGAGGAGGGAAAGAUGAUGUGGUAUCUGCUCUUCUACUGUCUCUUCCAAACUCUCCAGACAUGCUUUCAUGUGCCAUACUCUGCUCUGACCAUGUUCAUCAGCACUGAGCAGAAGGAACGAGAUUCAGCCACAGCAUACCGUAUGACUGUAGAGGUGUUGGGUACAGUAAUUGGCACUGCCGUUCAGGGGCAGAUUGUAGGCAUGGCCAACACACCUUGCAUUAACAGCACAUCCCCGACCAACGGCUCCAAUCACUCUAUGCAUGGCAAUAACUCUCUGAUCUUACUGGACAACAAAGUAUUUAACGAGAGGCAUGCGUAUAUGAUUGCAUCUGCAGUCAUAAGUUUGAUCUAUGUUUUGUGUGCUGUUGUGCUGUUUUUCGGAGUGAGAGAGCAGGACAAUCAGAGUGGUUUAGAAGAACAGAAGCAUGUGUCAUUUCAGACAGGUUUGCGGCUGGUGAUAGGUCAUGGGCCGUAUGUGAAACUGUUGCUGGCCACCCUCUUCACUUCUCUGGCCUUCAUGCUGCUGGAGGGAAAUUUUGCUCUGUUCAUCAAGUAUACACUGGGAUUCAGAGAGGAUUUUCAGAACAUCUUACUGGUCAUCAUGCUGUCUGCCACUCUUACUAUUCCCAUGUGGCAGUGGUUCCUCUGCCGGUUUGGGAAAAAGACUGCUGUAUACAUUGGCAUAACAUGGGCGGUGCCCUUCAUGAUCCUGGUGGUGUGUGUAAACAGUAGUCUCUUCGUGUCCUACAUUGUAUCAGUCGCAGCUGGUGCCAGUGUGGCAGCGGCCUUCCUCCUGCCCUGGUCCAUGCUUCCAGAUGUGGUAGAUGAUUUUAAAGUCCAGAAUCCCACCUCUCAUGGGCAUGAAGCUAUUUUCUACUCUUUCUAUGUUUUUUUCACCAAAUUCGCCUCUGGAGUGUCGCUUGGAGUAUCAACACUAGCAUUAAGCUUUGCAGGUUAUGUGACGGGAGUUUGUGUACAGUCUGAUUCUGUGAAUCUGACGUUGAAGAUGUUGGUGUCGGCUGCUCCUGUAUCACUUAUAGCUCUGGGGCUGCUCAUCUUUAAAAUGUAUCCCAUCAAUGAAGAACGCAGGCAGUACAACAACAAACAGCUGCAGCUGCUGCCGCGGAACGAAGAACAAGAGUCUGAGAUGGAGGCCUUGAAGCCCGACAUCACAGCAUGAAAUACCAGCUCUGGCCUACAGACGGCGCCAAAAUGCAUCUUAACCACUGCAAUGAGGAAAUCUAUCAGCUGAUCUUUCAGAGACAGAACUUUCCUCACUCAGAUGGUUAA